AUGGGCAAGUUCUCUAUCGACACAAACUUAUUACUAGUAGACCACAACGAUGGCUACAAAGCCAGUAACGCCCCAUUAUACCAGACCACCACUUUCAAGCAAGAUAUCGUUGGGGAAAAUGCCUAUGAUUACACCAGGUCAGGUAAUCCCACCAGAACCUUCCUUGAAAACCACUUGGCCAAAGUGAUGAACGCCCAUAAGGCAUAUGUUGUUGGCAGCGGUAUGACCUGUCUUGACAUAAUCACAAGGUUGCUCGGCCCAGGGGAUGAAGUUAUCGCCGGCGAUGACUUGUACGGUGGCACCCAUCGUUUAUUGACCUUCCUUAACAAAAAAGGGUCAGUGAAAUUACAACAUAUUGAUACCAGUGAUGCCGACAUGAUCAAGGCCACUGUUUCUAAGAACACCAAAAUGAUUUUUUUGGAAAGCCCUACCAACCCGUUGAUCAAAGUGGUUGAUUUGCCAGAAGUGUGUCGUUACAUCAAGCAGAAUUUUCCUGAGUGUUUGAUUGUCUUUGACAACACCAUGAUGACUCCAUUACUCUGUUCUCCAAUGGAACUCGGGGUUGAUAUUCAAUACGAGUCGGCCACCAAGUACUUGAAUGGUCAUCAUGACAUCAUGGCCGGUGUGAUCGCCACCAAGAACCCAAAGUUGGCCGAUGAUAUUUACUUUGCCAUCAAUGCCACUGGGGCCGGGUUGGCACCAUUCGAUUGCUGGUUGUUGUUGCGUGGUUUGAAGACACUUUCCAUCCGUCUUGAGCGCCAACAACAAAACGCCAUGAAGAUUGCCGAGUUCCUCGAAGGAGAAUUCGGGCUUAAGGUGUACUACCCAGGUUUGAAAUCCCACCCACAAUUCAAGCUUCACCAGAGUUAUAAUCGUGGGUUUGGUGCGGUGUUGUCCUUUGAAACCGGUUCGAUCCCCCUCAGUGAGCGGGUGAUCCAAAACAUUGAUAUUUUCAGCGUCACUGUGUCCUUUGGCUGUGUCAAUUCUUUGAUCUCCAUGCCUUGCAAAAUGUCUCACGCCUCCAUCGACGCAAAGACCAGGGCCGAAAGAGCGUUACCUGAAGACUUGAUUAGAGUUUGUGUUGGUAUCGAAGGUGCUGAAGACUUGAUCAAUGAUUUGAGAAGUGCUUUGAUCAAAGCCGGGGUCAAGCCAGUGGGAACUAGUUUCCUUAGACCAAAAUUAUGA